AUGCCAGCAUUAUUAAAAAGACUUUUGUUUCAGGUAGGCCCUCAUCCAAACGAAAGAACGUUCACCUUAUCCUCUGUUUCUACUGACGGCCAUUACAUAUCUUUGAGGCCUUUUGUUAAACCAACCGGUAAUAAUGAGUUAGCUUUUCCAUUCGAAUGGGCGUUUGCCGGUACAAAUAAAACCGUUAAAGUUAAUGAUAUGGGUAAUGGUGUCAUUACUCAAGAUUUCAACUUCUGGUUGGAUACAAAUGUGUACUUGAAUGUUCCAAAUACCCACCGUGGUGAGAUAAACACCAGUUGGAAAAAUUGGGAUUCUGGUUGUGUCGAAGAAACUGGUGCUGUUUACCCGUUUGGUGCCGACAAGGAAAGUGUCCCUUUCAGAGAAUUGUGGCAACCUGUUGACCCAUCAAGAGAAGAUCUUGUCAUCGUCUCGCCAAAUAAUGAGAAAUUUACAUCAAGUGCCAAAUCAAUUGUCCUUAAAGUUGUUGACGGAGCCUAUGAUGGGUUAGUUAUAGUCAUUGGUAGAUGGGUUCAAGGAUUUUUGUCCAAAAAGAAUGAAAAUACUACUGAGGGUUUGAACUUCAUCAGAUUAUUGGAAAAAGAUUCCGGCAAAUUUGACUCCUUGUUGAGCUAUGGUAAGGAAGUUAAGAGAAUUCCACAAAGCUACGAAAAUUUAAAGAAAGGCUCAAUUGUAACCAGCGAGGGGUUAAACUGGGAAGUUAUUGAGUACUAUGCUUAA